AUGUACUACCGGGGCGCGCAAGCUGCGAUCGUCGUCUAUGACAUAACCAAUCAGGACACAUUCGGUCGCGCGAAGAAUUGGGUGAAGGAGUUGCAGCGUCAAGCGUCACCGUCGAUCGUCAUCGCGCUGGCGGGCAACAAGAGCGACCUCGCCGCCAAGCGCAUGGUCGAAUUCGAUGAAGCGCAGGCUUAUGCCGACGAGAACGGCCUGCUCUUCAUGGAGACCAGCGCCAAGACCGCCAUGAAUGUCAACGACAUUUUCCUAGCUAUCGCGAACAAGUUACCAAAGAGCGAGAGUGGCGGCGGAGCAAGCGCCGCCGGCGCGCGGCGACUGGCGGACGGCGAGCAGCCGCGCGCCUCCUCCUGCUGCAAGUGA